GUUUGCGUUACACUAGCGAAGUAUGUAUCUAUUCUUAAUGGUUGUGAUAUAACGAUUCGAAACAUUCAAGUUGAUACCCCUACUUCCAACCUUCUUCAAACCUUUCAAAUAAAGUUUUCUCUGGUGCAAAGAAAGGUGUACUUUCUAUAGAACAUGCAGAACUUUUCACAUACAAUAUGGAUGGGUGAUUUAGAACCCUACAUGGAUGAAAUGUUUAUUAAAAGAGCUUUUGAAACAUCCGGUGAAAUUAUAGUCAGUGUAAAAGUUAUCAGAAAUAAGGCAACUGGUCAAACUCUUGGUUAUGGUUUCAUUGAAUUUCUUGAUUCUACAGCUGCAAGAGAUGCAAUGCUUAAAUUGAAUGGUAAACUGAUUCCUGGGGCACCGACAAAAAGAUUCAAGUUGAAUCAUGCAAGUUAUGGAAAAGACAGUACAUCUAGCAAUGAAUGUUCCUUAUUCGUUGGCGAGUUAACCGAAGAUGUCGAUGAUCUUGCUUUAUUCAAUGCUUUUAAAAAAUAUCCCACUUGUCGAUCAGCUAAAGUUGUUAUGACAAAUGGAAAAUCUCGUGGAUAUGGAUUUGUACGAUUCUUAACUGAAGCGGAUAUGGAUAAAGCACUGAUUGAAAUGCAAAAUUAUUGUGGUCUAGGCUAUAAACCUAUUCGAGUGAGUUUGGCUAUACCGAAGCGGUAUAAUCCUGAUGGAAGUUUAGUUGUUACUACAUCAGCAUCUGAACCACUUUCAGUGGUUCCUAGUGGUAUGCCUGACCCGUUCACUGCUGCAGUUGCCGCUGCUGUGACUGGAAAUUCAGCCGCUCAAGCGGAAUACUACCAAGCCUACCAACAAUACUACCAGCAGUAUUACGCAUCUCAGUACGCAGCUCAGUUUUACUCUAGCGAAUCUUCCACUACAGGUGACCUGGCAAAUUCUGGGAUAACAUCUAUAGCAGGCGGUGGCACACUUGUAGGCGAUGCUACUGUACAACAGCAUGCAUUUGUCGAUGCUGCUGCCUCACACUUGUAUGCUAGAGCGCUUCAGCAAGGCGGUGGCUCUCAAGAAUAUGCUCCAGAUCCUUAUGUCCUGUCUUCCGCUUGUGAUCGUCCUCGACAUGUAGAUGAUUUAGACGAAGUGUUCAACUUCUUAGAAUCAUCACGAUGGCAUAUAACUGAUCCAUCAUUAGGAUUAUUUGUUAAAAUAAAACCAUAAUAAUCUUCAAUUGAAUCAUAUUUUUUUGUGGACUGCUGUUUUGUUUUUCCCUGUUUUUUUUUUUUUUCAUACGCAUGAUGAAGUACAUUUUUGUGUUAUUCGAGAGAAAAAAAAUGUUGUAAAUAUAUAUACCAUAUUCUUUCUAUUGGGGGGUCUUUUUUUCUAUGUAAUAAUUUUAUACAGCCUGUUUGAUAAAUUUGGU